GGAAGUGUGGUGAGCAAGAUUCAGCCGGUAGCGGUGGUCCUCGUGCUGAAAAACGUGUGUAGUUUUUGUCGCUCGCUUGUUCGCAAAAGCAGGAAACGGAGAGUGUAUGUGCUGAAAAAGAAGAAAGCAGAAUUUGGGAGUCAAAUUCUAGCCAGAACAAACGGUGUUUAUUGUAACUAAAGUUGGAUACUUGUGAGGAGUUAGUUUUUGAAAGGAACUCUAUUCUGUGGUGUUGGAAAACGUUGUGAGAGAUACGAAUUAUUAUUAGAGCCUCGUAAAGCUAGUUUGUGAAACGAUACGCUGGACAGCAGCAGCAGCAGCAGCCACAACAGCAAGUACCUAUAUCGUGCAGUAACGAGUGAGUGACUCACACGCUAGAGUAAGCUCAAUGCUCGACGGCAACACGAAACUGAGGCGGCUACCAACAACAGUGGCCCACUACUAGUAGUCUACUACUAGUCCUACAACUACAAUCCGAUCCGCUCCGAUCCAGUUAUCAUCAAACACCGUCGUCAGUUGAUAUCCAGCCAGCACGCACUCGGACUCGAUCAUGGUACUAAAGCAACGAACGACGGCACUGGAGCUGCACUCACCAACGGAGGAUGUCCUGGUUAGUCCGGGCAGCGAGAGUCUCCCGCCGAUGGAUGCGACGACGACGGCGGGGGCACCGCCGCCGGCGGCUACCGGACGUGUUCAGAUGAAGAAACAGCUCGGUCUGCUGGAGGGAGUUGCCAUCAUAUUGGGUAUCAUUUUCGGGUCGGGGAUUUUUAUUUCACCGAAAGGAGUCCUCCAGGAGGUCGGUUCCGUUGGGACGUCGCUGGUGAUUUGGGUUCUGUGUGGGCUGCUGUCGAUGAUUGGUGCGCUCUGCUACGCAGAGCUCGGCACGGCCAUCCCCAAAUCGGGUGGAGAUUAUGCCUACAUCUACGAGGCGUACGGUCCACUGCCGGCUUUUCUGUAUCUGUGGGAUGCGACGGUGAUUUUUGUACCAAGCACCAACGCCAUUAUGGCUCUGACCUUCGCCAGUUACGUGUUUCAGCCGCUGUUUGCGGCCGGCUGUUCGGUGCCCACCAUCGGGUUGCAGCUGUUUGCGGCGGUAACGAUCUGUGCGCUGACCUACAUCAAUGCGUACGACGUUCGGAUCACCACCAAGAUGCAGAACAUUUUCAUGUUCACCAAAAUCGGCGCCCUGGUGCUGGUUAUCAUCGUCGGUGUCGUUUGCAUGGCCCUCGGUGGAACCGAGAACUUUGAAAACUCGUUCGAAAACACAGAAACUGACCCGGGCAAGCUGGCCGUAGCAUUCUACUCGGGUAUUUUCUCCUACGCUGGAUGGAAUUAUCUCAACUUUAUGACCGAAGAACUGCAAGAUCCGUAUAAGAACCUCCCAAGAGCAAUCUACAUCUCGCUCCCGUUGGUAACUUGCAUCUACGUUCUGGCAAACAUGGCCUACGUGGCAGUUUUGACACCCCAGCAGAUUCUCGCUUCGGACGCAAUCGCUGUGACGUUUGCUCAAAAAGCCAUGGGCUGGGGAGCCUUCGUUAUGCCAAUUCUGGUAGCCAUCGCCGCCUUCGGCGGCCUUUCCGUGCACAUUAUGACCUCAUCACGAAUGUGCUUCGUUGGCGCCCGCAACGGACACAUGCCGGAAAUCCUCUCACACAUCAACGUGAACCGAUUCACGCCAAUGCCUUCUCUGGUUUUCCUGUGCAUCCUCUCGCUCCUCUACCUAUUCAUCAGCGACGUGUACGUGCUGAUCACCUACAGCAGCAUCGUCGAGUCGUUCUUCAUCAUGCUGUCGGUCAGUGCGGUGCUGUACUUCCGCUACACCCGGCCGGACAUCAACCGGCCGAUCAAGGUCCAGCUGUGGGUACCGACGCUGUUCGUCAUAAUCUGUGCCUUCCUGAUCAUCGUCCCGUGCUACGUAGCACCGUACGAAGUCGGUAUGGGCCUAGCCCUAACCCUCGCGGGCAUUCCCGUCUACUACAUCGGUGUGGUGUGGAAAAACAAACCAACUUCGUUCCAGAAUGCCCUCCGCACGGUCACCCAGUUCUGCCAGAAGAUGCUGCUGACCGCCAAGGAGGAAGCCGAAGGUGACGAAUAAUCCGCUCCGCGGAUAAAGCAAAAGCAAAACCAACAAUCCGGCGUCCAACGCCGUGUGAACGCAAGACUGUACAUAGGAACAGCAAAGCAUGCAAGUGGCUUUUAUCUCCCCCCUAGCAAGUGAUAUUACUUGAUUUGUUCCCCUUUAAUUUCUAGUUUAUCGGUUUUACCCUCGAAUGUGAGUUCUCGAACAAAAGUUUUAGAAACUAACGACGAUCAUUUGUGCAUAUUUAUACCAUUUUUAGUUUGUUUGUUUGUUUUGUUUUUUUGUUUUAAACGAUACCAAAAGAUCUAAGUGCCAAAUUGCUACCGAAGAUUUGUGUUUUCCUCUACUGUUUCUGUCGAUUUCCUCCUCUGCAAAAAGAUGCUCCACCAAAGCAGAGUACUUAAAGCAAUUAAACUAUCAUAUUAUCAAAUACCGAGGACAUUUUCUCCCCCCCCCUCUUUAGGACGUAGUACAACAGUACUCAUUUUACUCAUUUUCAAUUGGUUGGUUAUAUUUCUUCAUAAGAAAUAUGUUCUCCAAACUUUGAUUAGCAUAUCGUUAAACUCCUGAAUAAUCUGAGCCUCCUCUAAGUUAGGUGACAUUGUACAUACAUUUUUACUGAAUUGUUUCCGUCACAGUUUUUUGUGUGUUUUUAAUUUAAAUCCGUUUCAUUUUUCUUUCGUUUUUAAUUUCUGUUUGCCAAUCAUCACCCCACAGCUAUCAAGCUGGGAAAGCAGUUUGUUUCAUUUUGAAAUAGCACACAAACUAGAAUCUUACUGGAAUGAUGAAUCACAAUAGAUAUAGAUAUAAAUAUAAUUAAUACAAUAAGACUACGUAAGCAGAAAUAAGACAGAUCAAUAA